AUGGUUUUUGAUCUUAAUCCUGGUUUGAGUUCAAGUACAAAUCGUCAUUGUAAUUUUCUUGUUGAGCGGAAAAAGAAUAUAUUUUCUUUUUCCCCAACUGGCAGCAGUACUAGUGAGGAAGAAAUCGACCCUAGCGUCGAAAUUCCUCCUCAAAAAAUGGAUUUCGGAAAUAAAAAGAUCAAUUUUUUCCCCUCACCAAUACCUAUCACUGCGAGUGUGUUUGAACGUGGUGUAAUUUUUGCUAUCUCAUUAUACGCUAGUAUAAGGCUAGUCCGAAUAAUGGCUGCCAAUGAAGUUGGACGCAUGGAAAGUUUAGAUUUAAUUUUGCUUGCGAUAUGGACUUGGUGCGUUUAUUCUUUUGAUUUACCGUUUUCAAACAAGGAUGAAAAGCUUUCUCAUAUGAUUUGGGGAACAGACGAGAAAUGUUAUAGAAAUGAUGUUGAUGAUGGUGCAUUUUAUGGUACUUUAUUAAUUCCAACCGUGGCUGCUGCAAAAUUGGUAGACAUUCAUCGCUCAACAAAUGUAAAUGAUGACAUAAACAUCGAAUUUUUCGAAGCAAAUUUUGAACUUUGCAUUGCGAUGGGAUGUGGAAUUUUGAUUCAUAUGUUCAUGUCUAAACACGUUAAUCUACCUAAUAUGUCUGUCAUUUGGGCGAUGAGCAUAGUUACUAUUUUAUCUAUAAUUUUAAUUAUUUCUAUGGCAAAGUUAGGGCUCUUACCUUUGUUUGAAACAGUUGUCGCUCAGGCAAUAACAUUGCUUGCUGUAGAACUAUGGGUCAUUACCGUUAAAAAGUUCAGACUUGUAAAAAUUCCAUCAUUAAAUCACCAUUUUCCAAGCGAUAUUACCAUCUUUCAAAUUGCCUUAAUUUUAGGAAUGUUCCUAAUAGGAAUCAUUCUUUCACCUCUAUUGGUACAUUCAAGGAAUUUGGCUCAACGUCCUGCAUGGAAAAGCAAACGUAAACGUGUUUUUCAAAACAAUGGUCGGAAAUGGACUUCUUUUGCCCUAUUGGUUGGUACGUCGUUGAUCGUUGCGUUUAUAGGUCAUUGUAUACAACUCUUCUUGUCUGAAAAUCCUUAUAUUUGGUUACCCGAAUUCAUGCAUUUGGCAUUUAGUGUGGCACUUUCUGCUUUUAUAUUUUUAGAAUAUUUGCGGUACUUUGCCGUAUAUCCUUUAGGAAAAAAUAUACAUAUUUUUCUAAGUGAAUUUUUAGAUAAUCGUGAUUCAGGCCCUUGUAUUUUGAGUCAUUUAUAUUUGCUAGUUGGAUGUGCAGCUUGCAUCUGGAUGCAAGGAACCUCCAUCCUAGCAAACAUAUCAGGCAUUCUAACUUUGGGUCUAGGUGAUGCUAUGGCAUCUAUAAUUGGUAAGCGUUAUGGUCGUAGACGUUGGCCUGGAACAUCAAAGACAAUUGAGGGGUCCAUUGCGUUUAUCAUAUUCCAUUUAUUGGGCGCAUUUGCAGUAACCCGUUUGUGGCCAAGGAAUAAUUUGUUGCCAGGCAUAGAAGAGUGGCUAUAUUAUACUCUCGCUGUCUCAAUUACAG